CUUAUGAUCUUAUACAAUUGCAUCCAACAUAUCUUAUCGCGGCGAGGACAAAUGCUGGCUCUUGGAAGCAGCCCAAGCAAUCGCGUACAGAGACUCGAGAGGCAAGCCCGCGGUGCGGUCGACUGCUAGUUUCUUGGCACCCGACCGCCUACUUCCUCAACAGGACCUGCCUGACUCAAUAAUCCAUGGCAUCCUCAGUGCCUGUCACCCUCACCGUACUUUUCUUUUUCCUCAUCUGCUGCGUCGCGUCGUGUCUGCCGCUGUGGAUCUUUGCCUGUUUUACUGCGCGAGUCAACCGUCCAUGUCGACCGGCUUCUGUCGUCUUGUUAUCGCGUACCCCAUCUUGACUCUCUGCCCUGGUUCGAUAGCGUGCUGUCUUAUCUCUUCGCAUACCCGUUCUCGACUGUUAUAUUAAACCCGUCUAUCCCCCUCUGCGCCUGUCACCUACUCUCUACGCUGCAACCCUGGAGACAAUGGAGCACAUGGAGAAGCGCUCGACGCGCUACGCAAAGACGUUCAAGAAAAUCGUCAGCUACGACCGCGCAGACGAGGCGGUGCGCUACGAUAUUCUCUGCUCGCUCACGCGCGAGGAGAAGAAGGAGAGAUUUGAGUCUCUUGUCGACGACGGCGAGCAUGUGUACACGCCGUCUAGGUUCAUGAGGUUUUGCGGCCAGUUCUGGGAUACCUUCUUGAAGCAGCCAAAGGAGCGGACGUAUGUCCAGAAGCUGGACUUGAAUAUCCUGAUCUACUGUCUACUGUCGUUCUUCAUCAAGACGCUCGACAACUCAAACAUCUCGAACGCGUACGUCUCCGGCAUGAAAGAAGACCUCAACCUCUACGGCCAAGAGCGAAACCUCUUCACCACCACCUUCAACAUCGGCUCGAUCGUCGGCCAAGUUCCGUCGCAGUUUGUGCUCAACCACGUCCGGCCCUCGAUCUACAUCCCCACCUGCGAAUUCGUCUGGUCCGGCCUCGUGAUGGUCAUGGCCGCCGCCAAGGGUCCUGGGUUGAUCUACGGCAUCAGAUUCGUGCUCGGUCUGCUCGAGUCCUGCGCGUACCCUGGCUUCGCGCUCGUCCUGGGCUCGUGGUACAGACCCGACGAACUCGCGAAGCGCAUGACGCUCUACGAUGCCGCGUGGGCGAUCGCGUCUAUGUUUUCCGGAUACAUCCAGGCAGGCGUGUACUCGUCCAUGAACGGACUCGCGGGCCUCGCGGGCUGGCGAUGGCUAUUUAUCAUCGACGGUUUGAUCGGGUUCCCGAUCGCACUCCUGGGAUACUGGUCUGUCGCCGACUUCCCGAUCAACAGCCGCGCGCGCUGGCUCUCGCAGCUCGAGAAGGACUACAGCGUGGUGCGGAUGGAAGAAGUCGGCCGCAAGCCGCCAAAGAAACUUACCUGGCGCCGGUUCAAAAACAUCAUGUCUUCCUGGCGUCCGUACGGGUUCGUGUGGCCCUGGAUCCUGUUCUCGGUCUGCGACACCACGUCCUACUUCAACCUGUGGCUGUCCGACGUCGGCAUCUACUCCGUCGAGCAAGUCAACCUGAUCCCGACCGGCGGCUACGCACUCGGCCUCGUCAGCGGCUACACCUACGCCAACCUCUCCGACCGCGCCGGCACGCGCUGGCCGUUCCUCAUGUUCGCCGUCUUCUGCUGCUUCCUCGGUAACCUCAUCCUCGCGAUCUGGUACGUGCCCACCGGCCUCAAGUUCUUCGCCUUCCUCUGCCCAAACAUCGGCUACCCGCUCUGGGGCCUCAUGCUCUCCUGGGGCGCCGAGGCCUUCCAGGACGACACCGAGAUCCGCGGCCUCGCGCCCGCAAUGGGGUCUACCCUCGCGUCCGCGAUCCAGGCGUGGCUGCCGCUGCUGCUGUUCCCGACCCCGAAAGCGCCGCAUUAUCCGGUGGGAUAUAAGGUCACCACCGGUUUGGUCGGCGUCGAGGCCGUCGGCGUGCUGCAUUUCCUGUGGCAGACCAAGCGCGAGGCGCGUCGCAAGGGCAAGGUGAUCAACAAGUUUGGCCUCGCGGUCGCGGCGGAGGAUUAUAAGGGGCUCACGAGGGAUUCGGCGGAGGAGCUGGAUCUCGGAUCGGUGGAGAAGAUCGGGAUUGUGGACGAGACGGAGCAGCAGCGGAAGAGGAGUUAUGAGGUUGGCGCGGAAUUGAAGAAGGAGAUGGCGAUUGUUAAUGAGAAGGAGGUUGAUCCUGAUGAGAAGUGAUUUUGCUUGUGAUCUUUUAAUAGUUUUGAAGUAAUUUGAGAUAGGAAUGGGAAUGCUCAGCGACAUAACUAAUACUGUUACGUAGAAAGUAAGUGAGCGAGGGAUUAUCAUCGUUGCAGUUCGGUUUCAGUUGAUUCUGCGACGGGCACGGGGCGG